AUGGCUUCGUUAAAAACCACAUAUAAACAGCAUAAUAACAUAGAACCAUUCUAUGUGGGAGGCAUCAGUUGUACCAUAUCUUCCGAUGGUCAAUUUUUGGCUACUCCAUUAAAUGAAGAUGUCAUUAUUACCAAUUUAUACACUAAUGAAAUAAUACAUAAAAUAGAAGGUGAUGGAGAGUUAAUCACCAAUGUAGUCAUUACACCAGACGGAAAGAACUUGGCUAUAUUAUCACAAUCUCAACAGUUAAGAAUUUUCGAUGUGACUUUAGGAACCGUGACCAAGACUUUUAAAUUGCCUUCGCCAGUAUACAUUUCCACUGCUGAUUUCACUUCGAGUUUAUUUGCAUUUGGUGGUUCCGAUGGGGUUAUCACUGUAUGGGAUAUUCAAAAUGGUUAUGUUACACAUUCAUUAAAGGGUCACGGUACUACCAUUUGUUCCUUGAAUUUCUAUGGAGAAUUGAAUUCCACUGAUUGGAAGUUGGCCAGUGGUGAUACUAUGGGUACUGUCAAGAUUUGGGAUUUGGUCAAGAGAAAAUGUAAGUACACAAUCAAGGAACAUAAUACAGCUGUGAGAGGUCUAGGAUUCGAUGACGAAGGAGAAUAUUUUAUUAGUGCUGGAAGAGAUAAUGUUGCUAUCAUUUAUAACACCAAGAAUUUCAGACCUUUAUUCACCCAUCCUAUUAAUGAACAGAUAGAAAGUGCUGGGUUUGUCAGAUUACAACAUAAUAACAGACAAUACUUUUACACCGCUGGUUCAGAAAAUAUUUUAAGAAUAUGGGAUAUCAAGACUGGAGAAUUAGUUGCAAAAUCAACUACUCCAUUAAAGACUAGUGAAGAGUUAUUAAUCAUCGAUGUUAUUAAGUUAGAUGAUACUUCAUUAUAUUUGGUUGUUAGUGAUCAAACAAUUAUUGAAGUUAGUUUACAAGAAGAAACAAUCACUUCCAAAGAAGAUCAUUUGGAAUUCCCAAUAGUUAAACGUAUUGCAGGUAACCACGGUAUUAUAGCGGACAUAAGAUAUGUUGGACCUGAAUUCAACCUUGUCGCAUUAGCUACCAAUUCUCCGGCUCUUAGAGUCAUUGAUCCUUCAAAACCAUUGGAAUUGAAAUUAUACGAGGGACACACUGAUUUAUUGAAUGCCAUUGACGUUUCUGAUGAUGGUAAGUGGAUAGCUACUGCCUCUAAGGACAAUGAAGCAAGAUUAUGGAGAUGGAACGACGAAGAGGAAGAAUUUGAAUCAUUUGCAAGAUUCCAAGGUCAUGCUGGAGCCGUUACUGCCAUAUCCAUUUCCAAAUCUGGCGGUAACAUUGAAGUCCCUAAAUUUAUUCUUACCGGUUCCAGUGAUUUGACAAUCAAAAAAUGGAAAAUACCAUCUGCUCCUAAUUCGACAGUCAAAGUUUCCGAAUAUACUAGAAGAGCUCAUGAUAAGGAUAUAAAUUCUAUUGAUAUCUCUCCUAAUGAUGAAUUCUUUGCUACUGCAUCCUAUGAUAAAUUGGCAAAAGUAUGGAACACUGAUUCUGGAGAAACUAUCGGUAUAUUAAAAGGACACAAACGUGGGUUAUGGGAUAUCAAUUUCUAUAAGUUUGAUAAGUUGAUUGCUACUGCAAGUGGUGAUAAAACCGUCAAGGUAUGGUCUUUGGUUGAUUUCAGUUGUAAAAAGACAUUUGAAGGUCAUACUAACUCCAUUCAAAGAGUCAAGUUCUUUAAUUCUGAUUCCCCACAAUUAUUAUCAGCAGGUGCCGAUGGAUUAAUCAAGCUUUGGGAUUACAAGAGUGGAGAAGUCAUUAAAUCUUUGGAUAAUCAUGACAAUAGAAUCUGGGCUCUUGAUGUGAAAGAAGAUGGUCAAGAUUUUAUCAGUGCUGAUGCCGAUGGGAAAUUAACUGAGUGGGUUGAUAACACCGAAGAAGAAUUGCUUUUGAAAGAACAACAGAACAAAGAAAGAAUCGAACAAGAACAAAACUUGUCUAACUUUAUCAAGAACAAGGAUUGGGCCAAUGCCUUCCUUUUAGCAUUAACUCUAGACCAUUCUAUGCGUCUUUAUAAUGUCAUCAAGGCAAGUAUUGAAACUAACGAAGAUCCUGAAUCACCAAUUGGUUCUAAGCAAUUAGAAGAAACGAUUGUUGAAUUAAAUGAUGAUCAAUUGAUUAAGCUUUUCAAAAAGGUCAGAGAUUGGAAUAUUAACUUCAAGUUUUUCGAAUUGAGUCAGAAGUUAUUAGCCGUUAUAUUGAAUAAUAUAGCCAUGGAAAAGUUGGUUGAUAUUCCUGGAUUGAUGAAAAUCAUGGAUUCUAUAGUUCCUUAUAACGAAAGACAUUAUUCAAGAAUUGAUGAUAUGAUUGAACAAACGUAUAUCUUGGAUUAUGCUGUUGAACAAAUGAAUAAACUUAUAGCAUAA